AUGGACAUCGGCAAGGACCUCCCAGCCAUUGAGAGUCACAGGGACCUCCACGUAUGGAUCAUCGAGAACCUGAGCAUGGUGCCAGCUCCUGAGAGGGCUUAUGGGAACUUCUUCAAGGAACGCUGCUACAUCGUCCUCCACGUUCCCCAGAGCCUGAAGGCCCCGCAGGGGGUGCCCAGCGACCUGCACUACUGGGUCAGGAAGGAGGAGGGCGGAGAGGCAGAGGGCGCGGCGGUCGCUUUCGAGCAGCACCUGCAGGGGGCGCCGGGGGCCGCCACCGUGCAGCACCGGAAGGCGCCGAGCCAAGAGGCCGACACCUUCCGCAGCUACUUCAGCCAGGCAGUGCUCUACCGGAAAGGAAGCCUGGCCUCUGCCCUCAGGCACGUGGAGACCAACAUGUACAGCAUCCAACGACUUCUGCACAUUCGAGGGAGGAAGCACGUGCCAGACACCAAGGUGGAGCUCUCUUGGAACAGCUUUAAUAGGGGUGACAUCUUCUUGCUGGACCUGGGCAAGGUGAUGAUCCAGUGGAAUGGGCCCGAGAGCAGCAUUCCUGAGAAGGCGCGGGGCCUGGCCCUGACCUGCAGCCUCCAGGACAGGGAGCGUGGUGGCCGUGCACAAACUGGUGUGGUGGAUGACGAGGUCGAAGCCACUGACCCGAUGCAGGUCACGGAAGCUGUGCUGGCCUGCAGAGUGGGCAAUCUGCACGCCACUGUGCCCAACAAGAGUAUUGACAGGCUGCAGAAGGCCAGUGUCUGCCUCUACCAUGUUUGUGAGAAGUAUGAGAACUUGGUGAUCCAGGAGUUGGCGACCUGCCUACUAACCCAAGACCUACUGCAGGAAGAGGACUACUGCAUCCUGGACCAGGGUGGUUUCAAGAUCUACGUGUGGCAGGGACAGUUGUCCGGCCUCCGAGAAAAAUAGGCUCCCUUCAGCUGGGCUCUGAUGAAGCUGUUGGGCCCUACCUUCAUCCAUGCCAAAGGCUAUCAGACCUACACCAACGUGGAGGUGGUGAACGACGGCGCCGAGUGGGCCGCGUUCAAACAGCUCUUCCAGACGGUGUACCAACCAGCGAAGGCACAAGAAUGUCGACGGGACUAGCGAGAGGGAGGGGCGGGGUAAAUUGAUUCAGGUAAGGCUGAUGUGGGCAAGCUGCACAGUCAGCCUGAACUAGCGGCCCAGCUCAGGAUCGUGGACGCCUCCGGGAAGGUGGAGGUGUGGUGCAUCCAGGACUUGGGCAGACAGCCCGUGGACCCCAAGCACCAUGGACAGCUGUAUGCGGACAUCUGCUACCUGGUCCUCUACACCUACCGGAAGAUGGGCCGUGUCUGGUACAUCCUAUACCUGUGGCAGGUGCCCUUACCACCAACACCUGCACACCACCAGACCACCACACAUGAGGUCAGUGCUGUAAACCGCAACACCGAGGAGCUGGACCUCAUGUCCCAUGGAGCCCUGGUGCAGAAGCAUGCGACCAUGGGCAGCGAGCCCCCUCACUUCCUCGCCAUCCUCCAGGGCCACCUGGUGGUCUUCCAGAUAGGGACCACCUUGCUGCUCGGGCAUGAUGAGAAGGGGCAGCCAGCACCCACCAUAAGGCUCUUCCAUGUGCAAGGCACGGACAGCUACAACACCAGGACCGUGGAAGUGCCGGCCUGUGCCUCAGCUCUCAACUCCAAUGACAUCUUCUUGCUGGUCACACCUAGCACCUGCUACCUCUGGUUUGGAAAGGCCUGCAGCGGUGACCAGAGUGAGAUGGCGAUGGUGGUCACUGCCAUCUCUGGGGAGAACAAGGAAACAGUGCUGGAGGGUCAGGAGCCUCCCCACUUCUGGGAGGCCCUGGGAGGCCGGGCUCCCUACCCCAGCAACAAGAGGCUUCCCAAGGAUGUCUCCAGCUUCCAGCCAUGGCUGUUUGAGUGCUCCAGCCCAAAGGGCCACCUGGUCCUCACGGAGGUAGUGUUCUUUAGUCAAAAGGACCUGGACACGUAUGACAUCAUGUUACUGGACACCUGGCAGGAGAUCUUCCUGUGGUUCUGGGAAGCUGCCACUGAGUGGAAGAAGGAGGUGGUGGCCUGGGGGGACUACCUGAAGACACACCCAGCAGGGAGGAGCCCCAACACGCCCAUCUUGUUGAUUAAGCAGGGCUAUGAGCCUCCCACCUUCCCGGGAUGGUUCACCUGGGACGCCUACAAGUGGACUAACAACCAGUUCUAUGAGGAGGUGGUGGAUGGCAGCCUGGGAGCAAAACCUGCCACAGUUGAGAUAACAGCAGAACUCAACAACUUCCAGCUAUCUGGAGGACCAAGCAAUGACAAGGCAGGCCCCUUGACCCCGCGGACCCUCAAGGGCUAGGAGGAGAGCACAGGGAAUGAGCUGCAGCUAGGCCCCAAGGCCAGUGGCACCAGCACCAGCAGCUACCACAGCAGCUCCAGACCCACCAUCAGUGAGAGCCCCCCCAAACAGCUAAUGCACCAGGCUGCUGAAGACUUGCUGGAGGGUGUGGGCCCUGCCCACGAGGGGUUCUACCUCUCUGAAUCUGACUUCCAAGAUAUCUUUGGGAAAUCCAAGGAAGAAUGCUAUAGCAUGGCCAAGUGGAGGCAGCACCAGGAGAAAAAGCGGCUUGGCUUUUUCUGA